AUGGCCGCGAUGAAAUUUGUGUUUCUCCUUGCCGUAUGUUCAGUGGGCUUGGCUGUCGUUGUUGGACAAGGGACUACAGGUUAGGCAACUUGAAAUUGUUUAAUUCUUUAGUAUUUCGUGUGUUUUUUUUUAUCGGUUAAAAUACUGGAGUUGCUCUUAUACUCGAGACAAGCUGGCACAUAUUACUGACUGUUUUGGCGUUUUUGGUGUACAGAAAACAAGAUUUAUUAUGAUAUGUAAAAAUGAAAAAUUUUGCCAACGUAACCUAACGUGACUCAAUAUUUUUAUUUUAUUUUAUUCACUUUUUAAACUUUUUCAAGCCAUAUUGCAACGUGCCGAAGAAUUUUCGUUUCAUGUCAAAGUGUUUUGCAAAGGGAAAGAAAUGCCUGUUAGGCAAAGAAAGAUGCCACGUUUCGGUACGAUAAUACGGUUGAAACGUAAAACAGCUCGGCUAAAAGGGUAAAGUAAAGAAUGGAAAGUCAGCCAAUAGUUAGCUGUCCUAUACCAGCUCAUGUAAAAAUGCCAUAACUCGUAAGAUUGAUUUGAUGUUUGGAAUUUUUUGGUGGGGGGGAACAAAUAUUUGAAUAUUUUCCGUCUCGCUGAAAUUUGUGCUUUUGUGCAAGACUUUAAUAAACAUUUUUACCAUAAUAGGAAUUUUUGUUGUGCGAAAAGGUCGAAAUUCAUGUAAUACUUCUUGUUCGAAACAAUUCUGCUCAGAUUUCGUAAGAGGCACUUAAGAGAAGAACAAAGAAAUUUUUGGCAGACUGUUGUAAUUGACUUUUCUGGUUUGUUUAUUUGUUUGUGUGUUGGAGGGGAUAAACGGUCGAACCGGCACAAAACUACUUUAAACAAAGUAAUACGUAACUUUCUGCAAUUGUAUGAGUGCGUAUUUCGCAAUGUGCUCAAGGAAAGUGUUCGUUUGGCUUCGUGAGAAAUGUACAUGAUCACACUCGAUAUUUUGCAUGAUGCAUAAGUGUCAACUUAAUAUCGAUGUAGUUUAGUAAUGAAUUUUGAAAUUUUGAUUGAAAAUCAUCUCUGCAUGUCAGGUCUCCUUAAACGUAUACCUUUAUACGCUGUAGGGUUAGUUUAGUAUACUCUACUGUUAUGAUUUCGUUCAAUUAUACAGUUAUCGAUGUCAUGCAAAUCGUUUAAUGUAUACACAAAGUGCUUGUAUAUAUAUAUUAACCAUAUCAUCGCGUAUUAGCCUGGGAAUUUGGGGGUGUGGAAUGUAUUUCGUGAGUUCGUCAUGGCAAAAAUUUGCGGUUAGGAAUAAAAGCCUGACAAGCGAGGAUGAGAUCGAAUGAGAGUUGACAAACGAGAGUUUGUAUGAGAGCUAGCCUUCUCAACUCUCAUGCCGUCAAAUGAGAACAAAAGUUGAUGAGAGUUGACUGGGUAUCACACGAGCAGAAACUCUCAUCAACUUUCAAGAUUUUAACCAGCUCAAAACAAUGGGCAUGCAGGCACUUUGAGACAUAGUGCGUGGGGAGGUGGGAGAAGGGGGCAAAGUAAGUUGCCAACAUAUGACCAUCUAGUUUUCUGGCUGGAAAUCUUAGUUGUUUCAACUUUAUUUGCCUUAAAGUUCACGCACUAUUUAGCUUAACUUGUAGCCUUAUGCUUUCAUGGUUGAAAAAUUGUUGUUACAGCUCUGUUACACAAUUCUUCAGCUACCCCCUGCCCCCCCAACUUUCAUCCUCCAUGAGAGAUUCUGUUUCUCUAGGUCUGUUAAACAAUCCAUGCUGGGACAAACCCUGUCAUUCCUUUGCGUCGUGUAAACUCAUAAAUGGUACUCAAGCAGUCUGCGUAUGUCCACAAAACUGCACGAGCAGCAGAAGACCCGUGUGUGGUACAAACUGGAAAACGUAUGAUAACUUGUGUUCCUUGAUGGCGGACUCCUGCGCAAUGAAUGAUUGGAAUAGUUUAAGAUACAAUGGCGAAUGUAAGUUGAUGUCUUUUUGGCCUUUUUACGUAUGGUAACUCUAGGGCUAAGAAUAGACACUUGAUGGGUUUUUGUAGGUGGAGAUUUACAGUGGAAUUUAUAUGCAGUUUUGAGUUUUAGACCUGACCGGGAGAAGAAAAAUGCUAUCUUAGACCCUUCAAAGACUGGUUGACACUAUCCAAGUUUAUGUGAUCACAAUAGGAAUUUUGCAUCUAAAUUCUACGUUUUUGAAGGAUUUGUAAGAAAUGUUUCAGGGAACUGACUCCGUGUUAAACACUAUGUCCGUUCCCUCAAACAUUUCUUACAAAUUAGCCAUUCCGAAGUUGACGAGAGGACUGGGGACGAGUGUUAAAAAGUGCCCAAAUUAAGAAAUGAACCAAAUCACUAAAAAGACCACCUCAAAAUUAGUAAGUAUACAAAGUUUGAAGACGUUUACAUGAAUAUCCUUCGAAUAAUAAGCCUUCGAAUAAUAAGCCUUCGAAUAAUAAGCUUUCGAAAAUCGCGAUAUUUACUAUGAAAUGUAUUGUAAUUUUUGUUUUUGGGACGCGCGUCCCAAAAACAAUCUUUUAAUCAGUAAUUUCACAACUUGGAAAGCUUAUUAUUCGAAGGGUAUUCAUGUAAACGUCGUCAAACUUUGUAUACUUACUAAUUUUGAGGUGGUCUUUUUAAUUUCUUAAUUUGGGCACUUUUUAACAUUCGUCCCCAGUCCUCUCAUCAACUUCGGAAUGGCUAAUUCUUCGGAACUUAGAGUUUACCUAUGCAAAAUUCCUACUGUGAUCACAGAAACUUUGAUGGUGUCAACCAACGUUAACUACUGUGCUGUUCAUUUUUCGUUCAGGUAAAGCUGGUGAUUGUCGCAACUCGAUCUGGCAAAUUAUGAAUUGUCCGUGGUACAGUAGAUGUCAGUUAUUCAAUGGCUUUCCACGUUGUGCGUGUCCCCAGGAGGAAUGUCCCAUGAAUUACGAACCACUGUGCGCCACCGACGGCAGGACAUACCGUAAUAUGUGUCACAUGAGACAUGCCGCCUGUAGAAAAAGAAAGUUACUGCGA